AUUCAAUUUUUUAGUGAGCAAUGAUAACUAUGAUAUAUCUCCGAGUAUAUAUUCAGCAGAGUUGUGAAAAACACUUUCCAUUAUAUAAUAUUUGUCACAUUGGUUCAUACUGAAAUACAAAAUGAAAGUUGCUUUACAAAUUGUGGCAGUUUGUCUAUUGGUCCAAGUGGUCUUAGCUGUGAAAAGCCCCACUGAAUCUGUAUGCGACAAAGUGUGCGCUCAAGAAUCAAAGGAAAAAUUGCCUUAUCCGGGCGACUGUACUAAAUUUUGUCAUUGUGGAGAAAAUGGCAACUUGGGAAAAAAUUGCCCAGCUGGAUUACACUUUAAUCCUGAGUUGGAAGAGUGUGACUGGCCCGAAAAUGCUGGUUGCAUUGACAGCCUACAAAAGAUAUAUACACAUAUAUAUAAAUUACGAGGAGCUGAGUAUUAUUUCAUAUAUAAAAUACAAAUAUAUUGUUCAACAGUGCGAGUAUAUCUCUCGUUGUUCAAAAUGAAGGUGGUUUUUCAAUUCGUGGCUGCUUGCUUAUUGGUCCAACUCGUCUUGGCUGUAAAAGGCUUAAAUGAAUGCGAUGAAUUGUGCCCCGAUGAAUUCCCCAUAAUAUCGGGAAACGUAGCCUAUCCUCCUGAUUGUACUAAAUUUUGUCAGUGUGGGAAUGAUGGAAACUGGCUAAAGGAUUGCCCUGUUGGACUGGAAUUUAAUCCUGAUACAGGAUUUUGCGACUGGCCUACUGGUCUUUGUUAGCAUUGACAGCAUUCAUUAUAAUUGUCUUUAAUGUAUACAAGACAUAAAUAAAUGAAAUUUUAUAAAAAUA